UGAACUCUGGGUUUAGUUAGGGCUUUACAUAUAUAGAUAUAUAAUAUUUGUUGCACUUCAGUUUGCUGUGAAACACAAAGUUUUUGUUUCCCACUUGCUAAAAAUACCCUUUCCUGCAUUCUGAUAGACGUCAAAGUUGUUAAAAUAUGCCAAAGAGUUUCUUGAAGACUUGGUGCUCAGGGAUCAGCCACAUGUGUGCAAAAUGUAGCUUACAGCAUCUGCAAUUCCAGUAGAGCAGAAACCCUGGGACAGCAAAAAUACAGUUUUGUCAUAUCUUAUAUCUUUAUGAAAGUUUUCUAAAAGCUGAAUCUUCUGGGAACCACCAAGUCAAAUCAAAAUUUUAGGUGCACAAUUCAAAUUAUAGAUUGUGUAUAUGCUGCUUAACAGUCCUCCAGCAUAAACAUACUGUUGGGGAGAAGGGUUCGCCGGAGUCAAGAAGUCGCUCAAUAUGAGUUAUGCAUCUUGCUCAACUUUAUUAUUUCUAACACUACUUCUAUAGACUCAAUAUACAUGCAUAUUCGUAAAGCAAAAAUAUAAUUGGUUAUUAGUCUCUAAGCACGCGCAGUUCUCACACCCCUAAUUAUCAUGACUAAAAUGAGCAUUCUAUCCAUGUAGCUAAUUGUGUUGCUGUGCUUCAGCCUUGUAGUUUGUUACUCCCUAUAUUCCCAUACCGCUCCCUAUCUUUCUUGGCCUUGCAUCUGCCUUCCCAGCAGCUGUAGCUUGUUACAGCCACGGCCUGUUGGCACAACAUAAUUACUUGGUCUCAGGAUUCAAGAAUAGCUCAAAGCUACCUUUCUUGUUAACUUCAGCACAAUUCUAAUUACAGGCCUAUUCUAAUACCAGGCCUGGAUUGUGCAGAUCUUCAGAGAUUCUAAGGCCAAGCUUCUGCAGCCAUUCUUCUACAACAUACUAUAUAUUUCAAUGUUUUUAUCAGUAUUGGGAACUAGUACUUGACUUCAUGUUCUGCUACUGAUAAUUAGCAUUGUUCUCCUCUCUUUAAACUUUCCAUUGUGGUCCUUGGUGCCCUUUAAAAUUACAGCUUUCUGCAAAAGUAAUGCUCAUUUUGUUCACAGUGAACUAGCAAAGUCCUGAAUUUUCUGUCUUUACAGGAGACCUGUAAAAACAUACAGGGCAACAACAGUGUGAAAAGAAUUGUUUGUCCUCUUCGUAGUAUGGUAUUUCUUGAGCAGACUUUUCUAAGACAUAGAAUGUCCAUGCUGUGGCCAAAGGAACAGCAUAUCCCAGAUGCUUGUAAAUUCAGUGGCCAUGUGUUGUUGAUGACAGUGUAGCCACAGAAGCACAGAGCUAAAUGCGGUCUGUGAAAUCUGCCUGGGACCUUGUCAGGUGUCUACAUGGAUUGCAAUCCCUGCUGCUGUGGCAACGCUGUCACUAGGUCACCCAGCUAGUAGGUGUCCCAGCUAAUCUAAAACUAGCUCAAGCAUCUGCAAGCCAGGGUUUUGGCUGUACAACAAAUAUGCCAGUAGAAAGAAAACACAAUAUGGAAACUGUAGCAGAUGAUGUGUUUUGUGUUUGGGUAAUACGCAUUCUUCCUUGCGUUAUGUAUGUUUUCAUUACAGGUUUUUAUUAACUUUAAUCUUAGCAAAUACCUUUUUAACACAAGAACCUUUCAUAAUCAGUAAGAUAUGCUUUGAUACUCAGCUAUAUAAGAUCUUCUAAAUACCAGAUUUAUAGUAUAUUCACGAAGAGGAAUUGCAAACUUUUUUUUCCUUUAGAGCAAAAUUUGACAUUAGUCCUUAAAGAUUACAGUUUUAAUUCAGAUUGCGAUUCUGUUUGAAUGUCAUAGUGCAAUUGCUAGAUAUCAAUUUUAGGGAUUUAAGUGAUGACAUUCUUUUAAUUUUGUUUAAGUGAGCAUCCUGAGUUAAGCUACACAUCAAGUGAAUGUUAUUUGUCAAUAAAAUGAGCCUGACUGUGAUAGUUUUGUUUUAAAAAUGAACUGCAUGUCAAGCCUCCAUAAAACCAGGUUAGACAAGAGACUUUCAUCUUUUUAAAGUAUAUAAUUUUACCAGAUUUCAGCUGCUACUCUUCAAUAAUACUGAAUUCUGUUGUCUUCAGUCUUACAAAUAAAACUAUAAGACUUCAAAAUUAAAUGGCAGCAGGGUGUUCAGUUUUAUGGUAAGUGUCUGCAUCAGUAAUAAUUGAAAGAAACACUGAUGAUUUCCCGCUCCCCUGCCCCAGCCCCUAAUCUAGUCAGAUCUCUUGUGUUGAAUUGUAGAUUUUACAGUGGCUUGCUUUGGAAAGCUUUGUGUUUAUGGGCUGUUAGGACAGCAUCUAUUCAGCAGCUGGCUGGUUGGACAUAGGACUCCGUAACUGAGGAAACACUACUGAUCCUUUCUCUUUCUAAUUUUUCUCAUAGGCAUAAUAAAGCAGUGAAGAGAAACUUAAGGUGGGAAGCAUUACGUAUCUUAUAAACCAGAAAACUGUUUCUGAAGUAUUUUGACAAACUGCAUAUAUAUAUAUAUGUAGUAAAAUCUAAAAAGGUUGAAAGUGUGUGGAGAGCAUGGGUUAUGAUAUCGAGCGUUUUGUUGGCUAUGUUAAUGAAGGGCUAUUAUGCUCCAUCUGCCGUGAUGUGUUAGAAGAUCCAUUACAGGCUCCUUGUGAACAUGCUUUCUGUACUGCUUGUAUACAUGGAUGGCUUGUUCAUCACAGUAACUGCCCUGAAGACAGACAAAUGAUUGAUGUAUCUUUGCUACGACCUCUCUACAGAUACAUGAAAAAUGAUUUAAACCGUCUUCAGCUACAUUGCAAAAACAGAGAGUAUGGCUGUGAAAUGAUUUGUUCUCUGGAAUCUAUAGACAGGCAUGAAAGGGAGUGUGAAUACAGUCAGAUACCUUGCUCCAAUGCAGGUUGUACAGUUCAGAUUGAACGACGUAACUUGGAUGGUCACCUGGCAGUGUGUGAAUAUCGGAGCCGUGAAUGCCCUAAUGGUUGUGGUUACACCAUUCUCAGUGCAGAAGACACACAGCAUAAUUGCGUAGCUGAGCUAAGAACUGAGCUAGAACUACUUCGGUCAGAAAUGAUCUGCAGAGUGGAGGAGGCAAAACAUGAGAUGGAGUCGAGGUUAGAUUCCCAGAGAAGGCACAUGGUCCAAAAAGAGAGUAUUCUGCAAAAUGAAAUUGAAGAACUGAAGAGUCAGAUGUCACGAAUGAUGUCAGAUGUACGCUCUCUGAUGGCUGCAGAGAGACAGCACCGUCAAGAGCUGGAGCAGGCAGAGCUAGAAAAACGGGAAUUAAUGGAGCUGCUGAAGGGGCUGCAGAAGGACUGUCGAUUAACUACUACAGAAGGAAGCAGGAAGUCAACAAAUUUCCGCCCUCUGACACGACUAGAAAGUGUAAAACGAAAACCUAGGGAAGUUACAGUUAUCUAAACAGAAGUAAGCUCAAAAAGCAUUUUCUUCUAUUUUCUGUGACCAUCUGGCAAACUUUUCUACUUUCUAGGAAUGAUUGGUAAACUUUGUCAUUUCAGAUUUGUUUUCUUUUGAAAUCUAGAUUACUACUUGAUUUCCUCUUGGGGCAUAAAAACAAACAGAUAAUUUUCUCUUAGGGAACACUGAGCAUUAAAAUCAAUAACUGGCAAAUACAUUUUUAGCUAAUGUUUUUAUGAAAGAGGGGAAGGAGACUUGGUUUGUUAUAUCUCUUCAGUACAUCUUUUACUGGAGUCUUUCAAGCCUGAAAGCCUAGAGCAUUUUAAAGUCAAAGAUACUUAAAGGUUGUUUCCUUCCUGGUCAGUUAUGGUCCAUUUAAGUCUAGUUUAUACUUAUACUUGAAACAGAAAGAAAGUGUCAUCAUCAAUAAUGACAUUUGGGAUGUAUUUAAUCUGGGGGAAAGUCAGUAACAGAAAUAAAUAGAUUUUGUUUGUUUAUAGUCUGUAGAAGGUCUAUUUCCAAGGUGGAAAGAAAGCACUUUAAAUUGUAAUUCUACUGUUACAUAACAGCUUCAGGUGAAGUUGGCUUUUACUUUAGAGCUUUUCUAAUUUCCCAGGUUGAUACACACUUAAGAGACUAAUACCAAAGUCCAAGGUAAUAGUUAUCUAAAACCUUUUAAAUAGAUAUGUGAGUAACCUGGAGUUUGUGGGAGGGAUCUACAUUUUAUUGAAAAUUUUGAAGCUUUUAUAUGUGGAAAUAUCAACUAUUUCUACAGCAUCGUUUAAGCUUAAGACCAGCCAUUCAGUAUUCAGUAUCUUUAAAGCAUAUAUAGAAAUACCUAGAGUAUCCUUAAUUGCCUUUCGGCAGGCUUUAGGCUACUUGAACAUUAAAGUCCACAACAGAUGAAUGCUUGUGCAGUCACUUGGACUUCAGAUGUCUCUAUUAGUACUCAAGUUUGCAGUUCUGUAAGAGCUAGGAUUUUUUUAACAGACCCACAAAUACUGAAUCAAGGGGGCAUUUAUCUGUAGGGACUGCAUGAGAAAUCUGUACAGUUGAAAGACUUUUCUGUAAACUUCUCACACAGCCUGUUCGUGUUUUUUUCAGUGGUAUAACAAAGCCAUAUUCUAUCUGUUGCAGCUCUUCAGUGGAGUAACUAGGGAAGAACCUGGCCUCCUGUUUACUGAAUGUGUUAAAUCAGUUUGGAGCUUUCAGGAACGUGUGCAGGUGCAAACAUCUGAAUAAGCUAAUUUUAUAGUUUAGAAAGCAAAUACAUCACUGUGCAUGCCUUGCUGUCGCUCAGACCAACGCUUUGUGGCUAACAGCAUAACCAAAGAGAGAGGCAGCAACUUUCUUCAGCACAUACACGACAUUAUGAAGACUUGCAGUCAGAGCUGUUUUAAUUUCAAGCAUUAACAAAUCCUUCUAACUUGCUGUUUCUUUAGUACCACUGAAGCAGAUGGGAACAUGUUCAGGUCUUGUGCAUUUAAAACUGAACAAAAACAAUCCUCUCUAAAAGCUUUUUGUUAUGUUUCAUGUUUUCUGAAAGAAAGUUACGUCCACAUAUUUACAUGGUUUCAGUCCUUGCAUUCUAGAUUAAAUUACAAUCGUUGAAAGCAUUUAGGUCACUAUAGUAGUCUCACCAACUCAUGACGUAGCGCAUCUCCUCUUAAGCAGGCGUAUUUAACAAUCUGAAACAAUAAAAUAGUAGCUAUAAUUUGGGAAGACCUUCAAUCACGCAAAACAUUCAGUGGUCAAUUCACUUGCAUCAGUGUGCAUAUUAAAGCUGUAGGUAGAAGGUAAGAAUGCUUUUAUUAUCUUGUGUUCUAAAUAAGCAAGCUGUUAGUGUCUGUGGUCUGUGUGACUCUAUUUCAGCGUUCACACUAAUUUUGAAGCUUCUUGGCAACACCAGAUUUCAUGCUAUUAGAAUGAAUCCAGUGCUUUUCUGUGUACUGUAACUGUGGUUUCUGUGAUGUGACUUUAUCUACUUUGCUUAAUGUGAAAGAAGAAAAUUACUUCAAAAUCCUAUAGAACUCAGAUGAGCUGGAUCAUCUUUCGCAAGUUGGAGGGCAGUAACCCAAUCUUUUCUGUUCUGACUGCAGAAAAAAAAAGCAAGUUAACUAGCUCUGUACUUUCUCCAUAAUGGGAUCUCUGCAUAUGUUGAAUUUCACCCAUAUUUAUGACUAAAUUCCUCCUAGUAUAGAGAACUAGGGUUUAUGUAAUAGUUACAUGUGGUCUACUGUCCGUCCCCUAAGUGACAGACGUGAAACCGUGAGCAAACGCAUCCUGGGUGGUAAGGAAGGACUUUCAGCUGCGCCAUCUAUGUAGCUUCUAGUUGCCAGCUCUGGAGCACCUGAACUUCCAGUGCUGAAAUGUGGCAAUGCUUUGGGCCCACGUGCUGCUGCGGUGACCUGCCAGCUCGGCUUUCCUUCAGCAGCCGAGGAGCCCUUGCAGAGGUACCUUAAAUGGGCCCAUAGCAGCUAGUAGCAUCAGACCCCUCUAGUUACUUGAAGCUUAAUCUCCCGUUCCCCUGUGUUGAUAACUGUUCUGCACUUAAGAUUUUCCACUGACAGUGAACCACUCACAGGGUGGCAUAUGCUGAAGUAUGGCCAUCAUUUUACUUGUCUUAUAAUUAACUAGGCUGAAAUGAAAUAGCCCAUUAUCUCUCAAUAUUUUAUCUACUUUUAGCUUUUCCAGUUUCAUGUAUUACACGGCUCUUAAUAGCAGCUGGCAGAAGCAAGGCAAUGAAUUUUCUUUCUUUCAAAUAGCCUGUUAAUCCUUUUUAUAAAAACUAAGGGUCCAAGUAUUGUAGUAGACUUGGUGUAAGUAAAGACAUGAAGUCGGAAAUGCUACUUGCCUAGUCACGAUCGUAUCUUAGGAUUAUACGAGAGACACUGCUUAAGGUGCAUUACGGGAGGGCUCCAGCACUGAACUACUGGUAUGAGUAUUCUCGUACUAAAUCAUGCUUUAAGCAGUUCCAUUUCCUGACAGGUUAACUGUGCUGAGAGCAAGUGGAACUGUUACUGAAAUGGACCAGUAACUGUGCAAACGGUUGUUGUAUUUUUAGUUGUUUCUGAUGGCGCUUUGGAGCUAGAAGAGGGUGAGCAAGGACUGUGGGGAGUGGAGAGACUAAGUGCGGGCUGACUGUCUUCCCCCAGCCCAGGAGCAACAACGCAGCUGCGCCAGCCCGUGCCACCAGCUGGCUUGUGGCAUUACUGUUAACACAGCAUUAGAGUUAAAAGGAGAUUAAAUCUUUAUCCACAAUUAAGUGGGUAUGAAAUGUAACGGUACCAACCUGGGAGAUUCACAAGUAAAACUCAGAGGGAGCAAGCUGUUCAGUGCGUGAGGCUACAAGGUAUUACAAGGAGUUGAGCAAAUCUUUAUCCUACAUUAAAUUGGGUGAAAAAGAAUAACACCAAGGUAGUGUUUAAAAAAUAAUAUUUUAAAGCAAGCGGUAAGUUUGUCUGGAAAGAAAAUCAACAUUUACGUAUUUAUUCUGAAUACCCAAGAAGCCAGUUACAAAUACAUGUUCCCUUAAACUGACUUCUCCACUUGAGAGAUCAAAUUCAAGUCAAAAUCCUGUUUUCUUCUGUUUGCUUCAGCGUUAAAGCUGCAUUCCCUCUUCUCCCAAAGCAAAAAACUGUUGGUGGUCUUGGCCAGUACGGACUGUUGCUGCUGGGAUUACUUUAUCUGGAGUGAGAACAGUAACUUUUGGGGAGAGCUUCCAGUAGAUUUAGAUGAGUUUCCACAAAAGGCAUGGAAGUGAGAGCCAUGCAUCCGAGUCAGGUGCCAGAGUGGCAAGAAGGAAUUUUGCUGGACUUCCUAAUUAAAGUGGCAGUUUUUAAUUAGUGUGGUUCCAGUACUAGAUUAACAGUCUCAUAUGAGAUGUUAAUUUAGUAGCACACAUCUACGAGAGUUUCUUGUCAGCACGGAAGGGAAUGGAAUUACACAGUCCAGCAAAACACCUAAGAUAGUGAAGUAUUUUGACUGCCCAAAAGCGGUUUUAUCUCAGAUGUUCUUAGGUGGUUUUUAAGAAGUUUAAUGCAUUAAUAGAUCCCAGGUGGCAAACAGUUCCUAAGAUUUCUAGAAAUGGGUAGCCUUGCAAAUUAAAUUUUCCACAUGGUGUCCUCUUGGAUGUUUCUGGCAUGGUGCUUUUCUACAGCCAUUUUACUUAGAAGUGCUGGAUAGUAUUUAAAGGGAGCAGUACUAGCCUUGCCUUUCUCCCGUACUGCUUGUCAGGCGAAGUAUGGUAGGUCAGGGAGAUUUUACCACAUAGAUAGAUGCCUUUAUAAAGACCUACAAUUCUAUGCAACUUUCUAUUAACAAAUAAAACAUUGAACUGUCUUCCAGCAUUAUGGUUCACUGCCAGUCUAUUUACAUUUUCUACCUUUAUAUACGCAAGGAUAAAACAGAGCUUAACAGAUCUUAAUCUCUAGUCUGUAAAAGAAACAGUAACACUAUUUGUAUCACUUUGAAGAACACUUUGUAUAAAAGUUGAACUAAUAAAGGGUCUAUACCAUGA